AUGUCAAAUAAAAUGUUAAGGUUCCUAUCACGACGUAGGGCGCGUAGUGUCAGCGGGCAAACCGCGUCGUCCCAGAUUAAAAACCAGCGAUUGCUCAGCAACAAGAAUGUUGUUCAAUGCAGGGUCGUUUUGCUCGACGGGACGGAUCUGCCUAUAGAAUUAUCGAAAAAGGCAUUGGCUAGUGACUUAUACGAACAAGUAUUUUAUAGUUUAGACUUAAUAGAGAAAGAUUAUUUUGGAUUGCAGUAUACAGACAGCAAUAAUGUUCAACACUGGUUGGAUCCUACAAAGCCUAUCAAGAAACAAGUGAAAAUUGGGCCCCCAUACACUUUACGACUGAAAGUAAAGUUUUAUUCAUCCGAGCCUAACACAUUGCGUGAGGAACUAACCCGAUAUCAGUUCUUCUUGCAAUUGAAGCAAGAUGUUUUGGAAGGAAAGCUUCACUGCCCCCAUCAAGUUGCAGUUCAGUUGGCUGCGUUAGCUCUUCAAUCUGAACUGGGUGACUAUGACCCUGCCAUACAUAGCGCGGUAACGGUGUCGGAGUUUCGAUUUGUACCGGGUCAAACGGAGCAAAUGGAACUCGAAAUACUGGAAGAGUAUACAAAGUGCUCUGGUCUUAGUCCCGCGCAAGCUGAAUCAGCUUAUCUCAGUAAAGCGAAAUGGUUGGAUAUGUAUGGCGUAGACAUGCACACCGUCCUCGGGAAAGACGCCUGCGAGUAUUCCUUAGGUUUAACUCCAACUGGAAUCUUGGUCUUCGAAGGCACGCAAAAAAUAGGCCUGUUCUUCUGGCCUAAGAUCGGUCGUCUAGAUUUUAAAAAAAAGAAACUCACAUUAGUCGUGGUAGAGGAGGAUGACGAAGGAAGGGGGGAACAAGAACAUACGUUCGUCUUCAGAUUGGUUAACGAGAAGGCUUGCAAGCAUCUGUGGAAAUGCGCUGUAGAACAUCACGCUUUCUUUCGAUUACGAGCACCCGUUAAAGGUGCCAGUGGGCGACAAAAUUUCUUUCGCAUGGGCUCGCGGUUUCGUUACAGCGGUAAAACUGAAUUCCAAACGACUCAACUGAAUCGAGCGCGUAGAACCGUGCAGUUCGAGCGACGUCCAAGUCAGAGAUACGCACGUCGACAGAGUCACGUUUUAAGAGAACGGCAAAGGCAGCAAGUGGAACAACCGCAACCUUCGCCACCUGCCACUGAAGAGCAGCCUUUGCAACGUCAGUCGAGCCAAUGUAGUACAAAAUCUUCGGAAUCCAGUAUACAUGGAACAUCUUCGCCUUUGGUAGAUUCCUUGCUGAAAUCGCUUGCCAAAGAUCAACAACCGUUGGAACCUAGAAAUCAAACAACAGUUGUCAGCAGCGAAAAGGAAUCGGAACCAGUAAAAACUAGCUUGACCAUCGAGAGUAUAACAAACCAAGUGCAAUUGGUGCCGAAUAACCAAGUUGGCGGUACCUCGUCAUUGCCUCCUCGUACACCCAUUCCGUUGGAAUCGUUGAAGUGUAAUAUAUUAAAAGCAAAAUCCCUCGAACAGGGCAAAAAUUCAAAUUUAGUUUCGAUCACUUCUACGGAAGCACCUGCUGUUGUCGCUAAAAACAAUCAGCAUGCCGACGCUGCAACGAUCGUAUCCGUGGGUGGAGAUAAACUGACGCUUUCCGUAAGUGGAGCAACAACGACGAAUCCAUCCAUGGAUGAUACUGUGACUGUAACGCACUUUUCUUUAGACAGCUGGGGACAGAUCGAACAAAAAACUACACAGCUAAAUCCUAAAGUCUCGAAUCAGUCCCAGAAUCCAUUUAAUCCGUUCACGAGCGACAGCAGUAGCGAUGUCACUAGCGUUUCCGAGAAUGUAGAAGAUGAAGUAAAAACAGAGGAGGAGAAGAAAACGAAUACGAAUCCGUUCAUAGACUCGAAUCCGUUCUUGGGUCUGCUUAAUCCCUUCAAAGAAGUGCAAUCUACCGUCGAAAAGAAAGUCGAAGCAGAGGCAGAGAAAAAUGGAGCAAGAGUCGUGAAAACCGAAGAGAUACAAACGACUACUACAACUCUUACUCACAAGGAUGACAAUUCGACUGUUUCUGACAUCAGCCCUUGGCUCGUGGCUGAUCCAUUGCAAACCACUACGACAGAUCAAACUCCGAUCAAACAUACUAUUAUUACAAGGAAGACAGUGAUUACAACGCAACUCUGAAGUAUUAUUUGUCUGGCUGAAUAAUCAAGGUAUUUAUUAAAUUCGUCUUCCUUGGACUGCAUAAUGAUUUACUUAAAGUGCCUAUGGAAAUACGACGAUACUGCCCAGCGAAAGAGGUAGUCUUCGAUAUCAUAAAAAUAAUAUCUCUUUGAUACAAAAAUAUUACUCCAUUUUACGUUUGCUUUUUAUUAAUAGCAAUUUUACUCAUAUUCCGAAGCAUUUCUGAUCAUUUUGCCAUGCAAACUUAGAUAUCUUCUGCAUUUAUUAUCGAGUAGGAUAGUUGAUUGUUACAAAAUCAAGUGUCUUUACAUUCUGUUAGUAUAUAUGGGAAAUGUAUGCAUACAUUAAACGUUAAUGUAUGGUGCUUUUAUUAAAAACAGUGUAUCAAAGGUACGCAGACUUUUAAAAUGCUGUUUAACGAUUACCUUCUUUACAGAAUUUUCGUUCAGUUGUACGUUUACAAUUGUUAAAUAAAUUUUAGGUCUAAUCUAAACGGUAAAAUAUACAAGUAUUUAAACACCUGUGAGAUAGUAUUUUAUACUUGCCAUAGUGCCUUUAAUUAUAAUGAAAAUGAGAAGACUAUUGUAUUAAAAUUUUUAUAGUCAUUCCUACGAAGUUUAUUGUAUUGUGUUAAUAAUGAUCAGUAAUCUGAAAUGGAACUACGAAAUAUUUUUUACCUUCUCAAAUUACGAAACUCAAAUUAUAUAAAGUAAGUCUCGUCUGUUUCGACGAAUUACGUGAAAGGCUGUUGAAGUACUUAUUGUAUUCCAUAUACAAGCAUUUAUGAAAGUAGAAGAAGGGCGCUGUUUUAUGUUUGUUUAUGUAUUUAAAUAUAUUGUAUUUAAUAGCAAUAAGUUAAGUACUACGAUACUAUAUCAUUUGAAAAUCUAAUAUAUCUAUUACCUGUG